UAGUCGCCGCUGGCGAGCCGUUAGCCUCCCCCGGCUAGUCGCUCCAAGCUAACCGUCAAUGGCGGUCCUGGAUGCUACAACGCCGCUGGAAAAUGCAUUCGGAGGUAAAGCCGCCUGGCCGGCAGAUACAAAACGUCUUUUAUAAAUGAACAUUCGUGUUUUUGUACGCGUUUCGUGACGACAUGCCGGACUGGAGCGUCGUAAAAAGGACAACGAAGGUUUAGCCCGCAGCUAGCCUAAGCGCUGUUAGCCUAGCCGGCUAGGUAAAUAUUGUCCCGCGCGUCUUCCAUCCGCAAUAUAAGUCAUUUUAAAGAUAUUAAUAAUAGUUUUGAUUAUACCCGGGUGAAUAAUUGACGUGGCUCAGACAUGGACUGGGUGGUAGCGAGCUUCGCACGGCUGUCAUAGCGCAUUAGCAAUGGCUAGCCUGCUAGCGUGCUAACGCAAGCGAGGCAUUGUUAUUUUAUUUUAUUUUUUAAUAUAUAUAUAUAUAUAUAUAUAUAUAUAUACAUUUUUAUAUUUUACUUUUUUGCAGCGGCUGCAUUGUUUUUUUUUAAAAACAUUUUUUAUUUUUUUGCCCCCGGCUCCGCUCGAGGCAUUAUUUGAAUUUUUUUUUAAAAAUAUAUAUAUAUACAUUUUUUUAUAUUUUAUUUUUUUGCAAGGGCUACAUUGUUUUUUUUUUUUUAAUUUUUAAUUUUUUUCCGCCGCCAUGUUCGAGACGGAGACCCACGUUUCGUGCCUUUUCCCCGAGAUCCUGGCCAUCAUUUUCAGCUACCUGGAGGUGAAGGACAAAGGCCGGGUGGCGCAGGUGUGCGCGGCGUGGAGGGACGCGUCCUACCACAAGUCGGUGUGGCGCGGCGUGGAGGCCAAGCUCCACCUGCGCCGCGCCAACCCCUCGCUCUUCCCCAGCCUGCAGACGCGCGGCGUCAAGAAGGUGCAGAUCCUCAGCCUGCGGCGCAGCCUGAGCUACGUCAUCCAGGGCAUGCCGCACAUCGAGAGCCUCAACCUGUGCGGCUGCUUCAACCUGACGGACAACGGCCUGUGCCACGCCUUCGUGCAGGACAUCCCCUCCCUGCGGGUGCUCAACCUCAGCCUGUGCAAGCAGAUCAGCGACUCCAGCCUGGGCCGCAUCGCCCAGUACCUGAAGAACCUGGAGGUGCUGGAGCUGGGCGGCUGCAGCAACAUCACCAACACGGGCCUGCUGCUGGUGGCCUGGGGCCUGCACCGGCUGCGGAGCUUGAACCUGCGCAGCUGCCGCCACGUGUCGGACGUGGGCAUCGGGCACCUGGCGGGCAUGACGCGCAGCGCCGCCGAGGGCUGCCUGGCGUUGGAGAAGCUCACCUUGCAGGACUGCCAGAAGCUCACCGACCUCUCGCUCAAGCACGUCUCCAAGGGGCUGGGCCGGCUCAAGGUGCUCAACCUGAGCUUCUGCGGCGGGAUCUCGGACGCCGGCAUGAUCCACCUGUCCCACAUGACGCACCUGUGCAGCCUCAACCUGCGCUCCUGCGACAACAUCAGCGACACGGGCGUCAUGCACCUGGCCAUGGGCUCGCUGCGCCUCUCGGGCCUGGACGUGUCCUUCUGCGACAAGAUCGGCGACCAGAGCCUGGCCCACAUCGCCCAGGGACUGGACCGGCUCAAGUCGCUGUCGCUGUGCUCCUGCCACGUCAGCGACGACGGCAUCAACCGCAUGGUGCGGCAGAUGCACGAGCUGCGGACGCUGAACAUCGGCCAGUGCGUGCGCAUCACCGACAAAGGCCUGGAGCUCAUCGCCGACCACCUGGGCCAGCUGACGGGCAUCGACCUGUACGGCUGCACCAAGAUCACCAAGCGGGGCCUGGAGAGGAUCACCCGGCUGCCCUGCCUGAAGGUCCUCAACCUGGGCUUGUGGCAGAUGACCGACAGCGAGCGCUUGAGGUAGAGGCGGUUGCCAUGGAUACCAAACAUUUCACCGGACAGCUACCACAGCAGUGCCUAACCACGUGACGUCGUCUAUUUUUACAAAGUAAUAAUCAGUCUAAUUCCUAAACAGUAUUUUUCUAACUAUCUUUUUCAAGGGGAAUAAAUAAUGUCGGUACUUCAAAUUGAAGUGGUCACAUUCCACAGGAUGAGAAGGAAAAAGUACGACUUGCGAUCGCCUCCUUGACGGAUUAUGCAAGAACAAACUCUUGGAAACGAGCUCUCAGUAAUCUCAAGAGUAUUUCUUUUAAGUAAACAGUAAUUUAAGAUGGUUUUAUAUUCAUACUGUAGUGAUAUUUAUAAAUAAAAAUGGCAAAUAUGUUUCA